AUGGUCAUCUCUUGGAUCCUAAAUGCUCUCUCAAAGGAUAUUGCAGACACUGUGAUAUACUCCAAAACUGCAAAAGAGCUUUGGGACAGCCUGGAGCUGAGAUUUGGGAGAUCAAAUGGAGCCAAGCUUUAUCAUCUCCAGAAGGAGUUAUCAGGAUUAGUACAGGGAAACAGUGACAUUGCAGGAUACUUCACUAAGCUCAAACGACUGUGGGAUGAAUUAGAUGCUUUAAAUGUUAUCAUAUGUUGUUCAUGUGUUUGUGUUUGUGUUUGUGAAGGAAAGGCAAAGUUGACUAAGUCCCUUGAGGAUCAGAGAGUGAUCCAAUUUCUAAUGGGAUUAGAUGACAUCUAUGUACAAGCAAGAGGAAAUAUCCUCAUGAUGAGCCCUUCACCCAGCAUGGAUGUUGCUUAUUCACUUCUCUUGCAAGAUGAAAAUCAAAGAGAAGUUUAUUCAAAUGCACGUUUUAAUUCUGAAUCAGUAUCAUUCAUCGCAGCUGGAGAGGCCAAGCAACCUAAUGCACAACUUCUAGCUGAUUUUGCAGCUUUUAUGAUCAUAGGACAGGGGAAGAAUUAUCAGAAACUCAGAAACCAAACACAAAGAGGGGCAGCCAUAGAACCCAAAUAUAACAACUCAGGACAAAAGUUUGGUAAACCUUAG